UUUACAAGUAUUUACUGUUUACAAAUAUCUGUUUACGGAUGUUUGUUGUUUAUAGACAUUUAGAAUAAUGUUUACAGAUGUUUGCUGGUAGAUUUUCAUAAUAAUGAGGAAUGCUUAUUGUUUACAGAUGCUUUUAAUCAUUGAUUGAUUCUUGACACUUUGUAGUGAUCUGAUGAGCUGUUUCUAUUUGAAUGUGAUUGCUUAUUGACAGGUUAUCGGCAGUGUUCCUGGUGACCUGUUUAUAUUUGGAUGUGAUUGAUUAUCGACAGGUUAUCGGCAGUGUUCCUGGUGACCUGUGAUGGCAGCAGAGAUCACACACGCUCCACUCCGCCUCCGGGAUCGAUCAUCUCCACACUCUUCGCUCUCUGAUCGCUUGUAUUGACUGUGUAUCCGUAACUGUAGCCGUGUUUGGGUCUGGGUCGGUGUCCCGGUGUCGGUCCGGUUCUAUCUGGUUUGUUCUAGUUCCGGCUGUUUGUUCCGGAACUUUUCUGACUCCGCGGAGCUCCAGUUAGCAGGUAGCUGUUAGCAUCUGUAGUUGCAGCAGAUCGAUUCUCUACAGUCGGAACUUUUGUCCUCCAAGUUUCUGCUUCGAACCCGAACCUCCCGCCGCUGGACGACCCGAACUGUCCGAUCAGCUCCAGGACUGGUUGUCCGGUUGGGCUCAGUUCGGAAGGCAGCUAAGCUAACAGGCUAAGUGUUAGCCGGAGUUAGCAGCAGUUAGCAUCUAGCCCGAGCUUCCUUCGUCCUCCUGAUGCCGGCGAUGCUGGACAGAAACCCGGAGGCUCCGGGGAAGAGGAGAGGCCGAGCCCCGGCGGGCAGCGGCAGCAGCGGGCCCGGAACAGCAGCGAACCCGGGCGGCAAGAACUUGUCCGGUAAUGGAACCAGCGCUAACAGCUGCUGGGAAGAAGGAAGUUCAGGAUCCAGCAGCGACGAGGAGCAUGGUGGAGGAGGAAUGCGGGUCGGACCGCAGUACCAGGCCGUGGUUCCAGAUUUUGACCCGGAUGUGGCCCAGGCCGCUCAGCUCAGAGAGAAUUUGGGGAUGUUGGUUUGGAUUCCCAGCAGCUGCCUGAAUCAGACUCAGUUGGACGAGUACAUCGCCAUCGCCAAAGAGAAACACGGAUACAACAUGGAGCAGGCUCUCGGGAUGCUCUUCUGGCAUAAACACAACAUAGAGAAGUCUCUAGCCGACCUGCCAAACUUCACUCCGUUUCCUGAUGAGUGGACAGUGGAGGACCGAGUUCUGUUCGAACAGGCCUUCAGCUUCCACGGGAAGAGCUUCCACCGCAUCCAGCAGAUGUUGCCUGACAAGUCGAUGGCCAGUCUGGUUCGGUUUUAUUACUCCUGGAAGAAGAGUCGCAGUAAAACCAGUCUGAUGGACCGACAAACCCGAAAACACAAGAGAGAGCGAGACGACAGUGACGAUGAAGUUGAAGAAAGUAAUGGAAAUCCUCCCAGCGACUCCGAGUUUGAUGCAAAUAAAGACUACAAGAAGGAGGUGAGUUCUGCAUCAGAGAGGCCGGAGGUAAAACCAGCUUCAGGUCUGAAGACAGGUGGGAAGGCGUCCCAGCGGAUGAAGAAACGUCCUCCCAGAGGAAUGUUUUUGAACCAGCAGGACGUCGUCUCUCUGUCAUCUUCGUCUGCUCAGGGACUCAUCAGACACCUGGACUGUCAGCUGGUGUCCAUCAAGAGACAGAUACAGACCAUCAAACAGACAAACAGCACCCUGAAGGAGAAGCUCAGCUCAGGAGUCGAUGAGUUCCGGCAAACUGAGAUGAAUCAGAAGUUCAACAACCGUUGGACCACAGAGGAGCAGCUGCUGGCUGUACAAGCCAUCAGGAAGUAUGGGCGGGACUUCCAGGCGAUCUCAGAUGUGAUUGGUAACAAGUCGGUGGUCCAGGUGAAGAACUUCCUGGUGAACUACAGACGGAGGUUUAACCUGGACGAGGUUCUUCAGGAGUGGGAGGCCGAACACGGGAUGGAGGGGGGAGGCGGGGGAGAUGUGGGAGGAGAGGACGACAAGAUGGAGGAAAAAAUGGAGGUGUGUCCGGCCGAGGAGGACGAGGUCGCCGCCAAGCAGACAAAAGAGGUGAGUUUUACGUUCACUACAAAUCCCAGAAACCUCAGCGUGUGCAGGUCCUCAGGUGCUGUACAGGUGUACGUGGUAUGACAUCAUAGAGAGAUGUGCGUCAUGUGACAUCAUCCAGGUUUGUUGCAGUUGUUUGCAGUUCAUCAUGUGACAGUAUGGAAAGUUCCACGACUGGCAGGAAGGCACCCUGGGAGUCAUAGUUAACUUGUUCUCUACUAUAUAGCCCUUGCCAAAUUAGCUAAAUUAACUACGAUGGCUAAGCCAACCAAACUAACCUAUCUAACUGAAUCAGCCUAACUUGUUGCUAAAUUAACUAACUAAACUAACUUAACCUACCAAAAAAACUAAAUUAACUAUAUUAAGUUAAUUUGCAAAAGUAGCUAAAUUAGGCGAUCUGUCUGAACUAACCAAACUAACUAAAUUAACUCACCAAACUAACCUAACUGAAAUAACUAAGCUAACAUAGCCUGUCAAAAUAAUUGAACUCGGCAAACUGACCUAACUAUGCCAAACUAACUAAGCUUGUGUAACAAACCAACCUACCUAAACUAUCUUAACUAGCCACACUAACCUAACUGAAUCAAAUUGACUUGCCAAACUAACUAAACCUACUUUACUUACUUAGCUAAUUUAUUUGCCAAGCUUGCUAACCAAACUCAAAUAAGCUAACUUUGCUAAAUUAACAAACCUGACAAAACUAACCAAACUAAUGUAAACUAAUUGAAGUUGCAAAACUAACCAACCAAACUAAACGAAACAAACUAACUUAAAGUGUUUAACUAGUUCAACCUGAGCUGGUUUGUUGUCAAAAGCUCAGUUACUGUGUUUUGAUCU